AUGACUACUCCGACUUCACAAAGCGCUAUGGAUAGCGCAAGCAAUGCGGAUAAGAAGCGCAAUAAGCUAGGAUAUCAUCGGACAUCUGUCGCAUGUGUGCAUUGCCGACGUCGCAAGAUUCGAUGCUUGGUAGCCCCCGACGAUGCGCAAGGACGAUGCGAGAAUUGUAUUAGGUUACGAAAGGAGUGUCAAUUUUUCCCAGUCGAUCAACAACCACCAAUUGAGAAGAAAUCCCGGCCGAAUUCGCGUUUGGAAACACAACCGACGGACCAUGCGACGCCUCCAAUUUCCUCGUCCCCGACGAAUAUGAACCAAGACUCCGUCGAUGCCUUUUAUCCAUACCCGCAAAUUCCGUUGAAUGCAUCCUCUGCGCAGGAUAUGUCAGGUUUUACUCCUGUGGCUUUUGCUGGUCAGCCCAUGUCAGGCUUUGCACCGGAUCGACCAAUGGGCCCUGGAGAAUUCUCACCAAACCCCACAAUGGAAACAGGGGUCCCAUGGGAUGAAUAUACAACCAUAUCGGAUCCCCAAAUGUUAGCUUCCAUGGCUGCUAAUAAGGGCCAGAUGAUGAACUACCCGCCAAAUGUCUGGACUCCCGGAUCUGUACCCUCAGGAUUAUCACCUAGUUCACCCAUGUCUGGAGCCUCGCAGAUGUCUGGCCAAACACAGCCUAUGAACACUCCCUCUUACACCAUACAACCCGAUGGAAGCGUCUGGCAAGUCGCACCACCACCACAGCCAUCCAGAGCCAUGAGUUACCCUGGACAGGAUAUGAGCUCUAAUUACUCACAACCUCAAUUCCAACAAAUGCCCCCGGACUUGAAGAGAAGAAUGACCACUCCUGCCCAGUCUCUGUCUGCUCCUAAUGUCGGAGUACACACCUCUCCUGCAUCUGCUCCUGACAUGCAAACCCCACCCGGCUCUAUACCCUACCCAACUCAAGCUGGAAUGGGCUUCACACAGUGGCCGAUGAACGUCAUGCCGCCUGGUAUGGGCGUGGUUCAAUAUCCCAUGUAUGCGGGCGAUGCAGUUCAACAACCUUUUACCACCAAUCAACCUCCAAUGGGACAUCCUGGAGCAUCAGGCCACUCGGGUCCUUGA